GAGCAGCGACCAGCACUGCCCACGCGCGGCGCCUCGAAGCUAACGGGUGCCGGACUCCCAACGGCCACGCCUCGGUGGCUGCGGAGCCAGGAGCAGCUCCACUGGCGCACCCAGGCCUCCUUGCCGACCUGGGCGACUGCGGGCUGCUGGUUUUGAAGAUUCAGGUGCCCUGUGGGAGGAAACCGCAGCCAACAUGAGCUCUGAAGAAGGUGGUCCACCCUCUCCGAAAGAAGAAGCUCCUCCCUCUUCAGGAGAGGCAGCCCCGCCUGGUUCAGAAGGUACCGCCCCUCCGGGAGAUGAGGCUCUGGCCCCUCCCGGAGAAGAGACCCCGCCUCCUUUGAACGAAGAGGUUGGGCUCACUGUGGCCGGAGCAUCCUCCGCGGGAGUGACUGACUCUCCUUUCGAAAGAGGUCCUGCUCCUUCUGGAAAUGAUUUUCUGAAUUUGCUUCUUCCUACUGGGCAUGAUGAGCCAGGUGGAUUUAGAGUUCGACCUAAAUCUGCAAUCCGACUGGGCCAAUCCAUGCUUUCUGAAGUGUCUUCUUCCCGCAAAUCAUCCCGGUUUCUUCGAAGCAUGAGUGGCCUUCCGAGUGUACAGGAAACAUUAAAAGAGAGACAGGCACGAUUAAGAGAAGCAAGGGAAAAUCGGAAAAUGAAAAUUGAUCCUUCAUACAAAUAUAUAUUUGAAAUUCUAGCAGACAAGCUUGGCCUGGACUUAGUAGCCGUUGAAGAAUUAAUUUUGGAUUGUCCAUCUUUGGACGCAUUUGCUCAAUUUUUUAUGAAAGAUGGUUGUAAGACAUUGAAAUUUUUGUACCAAGAAGGAGAUGUCCCCGGUCUUGAAUGUGGUCGAACUAUUCCUGGAGCAACGAAAGGGGCAAAAAUGAUGAGAUUGUAUAUAGACAAUGCAGCCCCAGAGAAACUAAAAGGAUUGUGUGUAUUUUUUGUUCGCUGUCACAAUGAUACUGCUAUAAAUGUUAAAAAUAUUCACGAGGAAGUGCUGUUUACUGUACUGGAUGCAUCAACAGGAAUCCUUCCUGGGAUCAGGGAGAUGCUGUCCAGUAUAUUUGUGCCAGCCAUUCUUGCAACAAACAAUUGGGGAGCUCUAAACCAGUCCAAGCAAGGAGAGUCUGAAAAACACAUUUUCACUGAAACUAUCAACAGAUACCUUUCAUUUUUAGAUGGUGCUAGAGUAAGUAUUGAGGGUACAGUUAAGUUAAAGAAGGUAGACAAUGUUGAUUUUUCCAAACUGAAUACUUUUGAAGAAGUGACGGCUGCAGCCAGCAAUUCAGAAAUGGUUCGUCAGUUAGAGGAUGUGCUGAUGACAUGGUACAAACAGAUUGAACAGAAUUGGCGUGAUUUGGAUGCAAGAAUAACAGAUACAGCAAAUGAAUCAAAAGAUAAUGUCAGAUAUUUAUAUACUUUAGAAAAAGUAUGUCAACCUCUCUAUAACCAUGACCUAGUUUCCAUGGCACAUGGGAUACAAAAUUUGAUUAAUGCCAUCAGAAUGAUUCACAGUGCAUCACGGUAUUAUAAUACCUCAGAGAGAAUGACUUCAUUGUUUAUCAAAGUAACAAAUCAAAUGGUGACAGCAUGUAAAGCAUACAUUACUGACGGAGGAACUGUCCAUGUAUGGGAUCAGGAAACACUGCUUGUAUUAAAAAAAAUUCAGGUUUGUGUAAAUAUUGUUAUUUUCAGAAAGCAAGUGGACUGUAUGUGUUGGCAGGAGAGCCAGAUUACAGAAAUGAUAACUAUUGUGCAGACAUAUUCAGCCUUGAGUAAUUCCACGAUAGAAGGAAUAGAUAUUAUGUCAAUAAAAUUCAAAAAUAUAUAUCAAAGCAUUAAGAAAAAACAGUAUGACAUUCUGGAUCCAAGAAGAACAGAAUUUGAUACAGAUUUCUUAGAGUUCAUGACAAAAAUCAAUGGUUUAGAGAUACAAAUACAGGCAUUUAUGAACACUACUUUUGGAAAAAUCUUAUCUUCUCAGCAGGCCCUUCAACUUCUUCAAAGAUUCCAGAAGCUGAACAUCCCCUGUCUUCAGUUAGAAAUACACCAUACCAUUGAGCGUAUUCUUCAGUAUUAUGUGGCCGAACUUGAAGCUAUUAAGAAGCUUUAUCAUUCUCAGAAAGAUGACCCCCCUCUUGGCCGCAACAUGCCCCCUAUAGCAGGAAAAAUACUUUGGGUGAGGCAGCUCUAUCGCCGGAUAAGUGAGCCCAUCAACUAUUUCUUCAAACACUCAGAAAUUUUGUCCAGUGCAGAAGGUAAAGCUAUCAUUCGUCAGUAUAACAGAAUUUCCUAUGUUCUGGUGGAGUUCGAGGUGGUUUAUCACACGGCCUGGGUCAGAGAGAUCUCACAGUUGCAGUACGCUUUACAAGCCACACUUUUUGUGCGACACCCAGAGACAGGGAAGUUGCUGGUUAAUUUCGAUCCCAAAAUUUUGGAAAUUGUUCAGGAAACUAAGUGCAUGAUAAAAAUGAAGCUGGAUGUACCAGAACAGGCAGAGAGAUUGCUAAAAAUGGAGAGUAAAUUGAAAGCAGAUAAAUUGCAUUUGCAGGAUCUUCUGCAGUAUUAUGAUGAGUUAUGUCUGGAAGUGCCUUCAGUGUUUGUCAAUCUGAUGGCCCCCAAAAUGAAAAAGGUGGAAACUGUGUUGAGACAAGGGCUCACCAUAUUAACUUGGUCAUCUUUAACAUUAGAAAGCUUCUUUCAAGAAGUUGACUCAGUUUUGGAUAUGUUCAAUCAACUUUUAAAGAAGAUCAGUGACUUGUGUGAAAUGCAUAUUGAUACAGUUCUAAAGGAGAUAGCCACAACGGUGUUAAUUUCCCUUCCUGAAAGUGGUGCCAUCAAAGUAGAAGAUAUGUUGACACUCAAUGAGACGUACACAAAAGAAUGGGCUGAAGUUCUAAACCACAAAAGUAAGCAUGUGGAAGAAGCAGUCAAAGAACUUAUAUCAAUAUUUAAAACUACUUAUGAAGUUAAAGACAGUGGGAAAACAGAAAAACCAUUACCAGAACAGAGAAAACAUGUUGUCUUUGGAAGUGAAACAGAAGAGGGUGAAAACACUGAUUAUGAGACUACUAUCAUCCCUGAGGUUGCUGUUAAUGAUAAAGAAGAUGAAUUUAAGAAGGAAUGUAAAGAGGUCUAUGCUUUUUUCUCUCAUCAAUUACUAGACAGUCUUCAAAAAGCUACACGGUUAUCUUUGGACACAAUGAAAAGAAGAAUGUUUGUUUCAAGCCAAUAUGGACGACGGCGAUCAGAUGAUGUGAUUUCUUUCAUAAAAACUGAAGUACAUCUUGCAAUUCCAAAUGUGGUAAUGGUUCCUAGUUUGGAUGACAUUCAACAAGCCAUUAACCGUAUGAUCCAGCUAACCCUGGAAGUCAGCAGAGGAGUGGCUCACUGGGGGCAACAGCCAACCCGUCUCGUCAAGCCUGCCGUCACCACUCCGAGCCGUAAUAAUGACCAGACACAUUUAAACACCACAAAACCACCAAAGAAGGAAGAGAAAUCUAUCGAAGAAGUAACUCCUGCAAGGAAACUGAAGAACUUUUAUCCAGGGGUAGCGGAGCACAAGGAUAUUUCCAAAUUGGUCCUCCUCCUUUCCUCCUCUGUGAAUUCUCUACGAAAGGUGGCUCAUGACGCCUUGCAGGACUUUCAAAAGUACAAGACGCUCUGGACAGAAGACCGAGACGUGAAAGUGAAGGAAUUUUUGGCUAACAACCCCUCUCUGACUGAAAUCAGAUCAGAAAUUCUACACUUUGCUACUUUUGAACAGGAGAUUGAGGAGCUGAAGCCUGUUAUUGUUGUAGGAGCACUUGAACUACAUACAGAGCCAAUGAAAUUGGCCUUAUCAAUUGAGGCUAAGGCAUGGAAGAUGUUACUCUGUCGAUAUUUGAAUGAAGAAUACAAAAAGAAAAUGUCAGACUUGAUAGCAUUUAUCAAUGAAUACUUGAAAAAGUUAUCUAGACCUAUCCGUGAUUUAGAUGAUGUCAGAUUUGCAAUGGAAGCCCUAGCAUGUAUCCGUGAUAAUGAAAUUCAAAUGGACAUGAUUUUGGGACCAAUUGAAGAAGCCUAUGCUAUUUUAAAUAGAUUUGAAGUUGAAGUAACCAAAGAAGAAUCAGAAGCAGUUGACACCCUGAGAUAUUCUUUCAACAAGUUGCAGAGCAAAGCUGUUUCUGUGCAAGAUGAACUAGUUCAAGUGCAGCCAAAGUUUAAAAGUAAUCUUCUUGAAGCUGUGGAAGUUUUUCGUGAGGAUGUAAUGAACUUUGCAGAAGCGUAUGAGACGGAAGGACCCAUGGUUCCGAAUAUACCACCCCAAGAAGCUAGCAACAGGCUACAGAUAUUUCAGGCCAAUUUUGAUGAUCUGUGGAGGAAGUUUGUUACAUAUUCAUCUGGCGAACAACUUUUUGGAUUGCCUGUGACUGAUUAUGAGGUUUUACACAAAACUAGAAAGGAACUCAACUUGCUGCAGAAGCUGUAUGGACUCUAUGAUACUGUAAUGAGCAGUAUUAGUGGUUAUUAUGAAAUACUUUGGGGAGAUGUAGACAUUGAAAAAAUUAAUGCAGAACUGCAGGAAUUUCAAAACAGGUGUCGUAAACUCCCAAAAGGGCUUAAAGAUUGGCAAGCUUUUUUGGAUCUGAAAAAAAGAAUUGAUGAUUUUAGUGAGUCAUGUCCUCUAUUGGAAAUGAUGACCAAUAAGGCAAUGAAACAGAGACACUGGGAUCGAAUCUCUGAAUUAACUGGAACCCCGUUUGAUGUGGAAUCAGAUUCAUUUUGUCUUAGAAAUAUUAUGGAAGCACCACUACUUAAAAAUAAGGAUGACAUUGAGGACAUUUGCAUAUCUGCCAUUAAGGAGAAGGAUAUUGAAGCCAAGCUGACUCAGGUGAUUGAAAACUGGACCAACCAGAACCUGAGUUUUGCUGCGUUUAAGGGAAAGGGAGAGCUCCUUCUCAAAGGAACUGAAUCCGGAGAAAUUAUCACCUUGAUGGAGGAUAGUUUAAUGGUCUUAGGUUCCUUACUAAGCAACAGAUAUAAUGCUCCAUUUAAAAAAAACAUCCAGAAUUGGGUUUAUAAAUUGUCCACUUCCUCAGAUAUAAUUGAAGAAUGGCUAAUAGUUCAGAACCUUUGGGUUUAUCUUGAAGCUGUCUUUGUAGGUGGAGAUAUUGCCAAACAGCUACCUCAGGAAGCUAAGCGUUUUCAGAAUAUUGACAAGUCAUGGGUAAAGAUAAUGCAGCGAGCUCACGAGAACCCCAAUGUGAUCAGUUGCUGUGUUGGAGAUGAAACCAUGGGGCAACUUUUACCCCAUUUGCAUGAGCAGUUGGAAGUAUGCCAGAAGUCACUCACGGGGUAUUUGGAGAAGAAGAGAUUACUGUUUCCAAGAUUCUUCUUUGUGUCUGAUCCAGUUCUCCUGGAAAUUCUUGGACAAGCCAGUGAUUCCCACACCAUACAGCCACAUCUCCCUGCAGUAUCUGACAACAUAAACGAGGUGACUUUUCACGCGAAAGACUACGAUCGCAUCCUGGCCGUCAUAUCAAGAGAAGGAGAAAAAAUUAUUUUGGAUAAUCCUGUUAUGGCCAAAGGUCCUGUUGAGAUUUGGCUUAUGGAUUUAUUAAAAAUGCAGAUGUCGUCACUACAUAAUAUAAUCAGGUCUGCAUUCUACCAGAUCAGCGAUUCAGGAUUCCAACUCUUACCUUUUCUCAAUCACUUUCCAGCACAGGUGGGGCUUUUGGGAAUUCAGAUGUUGUGGACACAUGAUUCAGAAGAGGCUUUACAUAAUGCAAAAGAUGACAGGAAGAUCAUGCAGGUGACCAAUCAGAAAUUUUUGGAUAUUCUGAAUACCCUCAUCAGUCAGACAACACAUGACCUGAGCAAGUUUGAUAGAGUGAAGUUUGAAACUCUGAUAACCAUCCAUGUGCACCAAAGAGAUAUUUUUGAUGACUUGGUAAAAAUGCACAUCAAAUCAGUUACCGAUUUUGAGUGGCUGAAACAGAGUAGAUUUUAUUUUAAGGAAGACUUGGACCAAACUGUAGUGUCUAUUACGGAUGUGGAUUUUAUUUACCAAAAUGAAUUUCUGGGAUGCACCGAUCGUCUUGUUAUCACUCCGUUAACAGACAGGUGCUAUAUCACUUUAGCACAGGCGUUGGGGAUGAACAUGGGAGGUGCUCCGGCAGGACCCGCGGGCACUGGUAAAACAGAAACCACAAAAGACAUGGGAAGAUGUUUGGGAAAAUAUGUGGUUGUGUUUAACUGCUCAGAUCAAAUGGAUUUCAGAGGGCUCGGAAGGAUUUUUAAAGGUCUUGCACAGUCGGGUUCUUGGGGCUGUUUUGAUGAAUUUAACAGAAUUGAACUGCCUGUAUUAUCAGUGGCAGCCCAACAGAUUUAUAUUGUUUUGACGGCAAGAAAGGAGAGAAAAAAACAGUUCAUUUUUUCUGAUGGUGAUUGUGUUGAUUUGAAUCCAGAAUUUGGAAUUUUCCUAACAAUGAAUCCUGGAUAUGCUGGGCGCCAGGAGCUACCAGAAAACUUAAAAAUUCAGUUUAGAACUGUUGCUAUGAUGGUCCCUGAUAGACAGAUCAUUAUGCGAGUUAAACUUGCAAGCUGUGGUUUUCUUGAAAAUGUUAUCUUGGCUCAAAAGUUUUAUGUUCUUUACAAACUCUGUGAAGAGCAGCUUACCAAACAGGUUCAUUACGACUUUGGGUUGAGAAAUAUCCUAUCUGUCUUGAGGACACUUGGAUCUCAGAAAAGAGCCAGACCAGAAGACAGUGAGCUAAGCACGGUCAUGCGAGGACUAAGAGACAUGAACCUUUCCAAACUGAUUGAUGAAGAUGAACCUCUGUUCCUCAGCUUAAUCAAUGACCUGUUCCCAGGACUGCAGCUGGAUAGUAAUACGUAUGUGGAGCUGCAAGAGGCAGUGGCCAGACAGGUCCAGAUAGAAGGUCUGAUUAACCACCCGCCCUGGAAUCUCAAACUCGUGCAGUUAUAUGAGACGUCUCUGGUCCGCCACGGUCUGAUGACUCUGGGGCCCAGUGGUUCUGGGAAGACAACUGUCAUAACAAUCCUGAUGAAGGCACUAACUGAGUGUGGGAGGCCCCACAGAGAGAUGCGAAUGAAUCCCAAAGCGAUCACCGCGCCUCAGAUGUUUGGCAGACUGGACACCGCUACUAAUGACUGGACAGAUGGGAUUUUCUCCACUCUGUGGAGAAAAACGUUAAAAGCUAAAAAAGGUGAAAACAUUUUCCUCAUUUUAGAUGGCCCCGUGGAUGCCAUUUGGAUCGAGAACCUGAAUUCUGUGUUGGACGACAACAAAACUCUCACGUUAGCUAACGGAGAUCGCAUCCCCAUGGCUCCGAGUUGCAAGCUUCUGUUUGAAGUCCACAAUAUCGAGAACGCUUCCCCCGCCACGGUUUCCAGGAUGGGCAUGGUCUACAUCAGCAGCUCAGCGCUCAGCUGGAGGCCGAUAUUGCAGGCGUGGUUGAAGAAGCGAACCGCGUGGGAAGCUUCUGUGUUCCUAACUCUAUACGAUAAAGUAUUUGAAGAUACAUAUACAUUCAUGAAACUAAACCUCAAUCCAAAAAUGCAGCUCCUGGAGUGCAACUAUAUCAUGCAGUCUCUCAAUCUACUGGAAGGUUUAAUUCCCUCCAAAGAAGAAGGUGGUGUUUCAUGUGCCGAACAUCUUCAUAAAUUAUUUGUGUUUGGUCUGAUGUGGAGUUUAGGAGCCCUUUUGGAAUUGGAAAGCAGAGAAAAGCUUGAGGCCUUUUUACGAAAUCAUGAAAGCAAGUUAGACUUACCAGAAAUACCUAAAGACACGAAUCAGACCAUGUAUGAGUUUUAUGUUAGUGAUUAUGGUGAUUGGGAGCACUGGAAUAAGAAACUGCAGCCAUAUUAUUAUCCAACUGACAGUAUUCCAGAAUAUUCAUCAAUUUUGGUUCCAAAUGUUGACAAUAUUAGAACAAAUUUUUUGAUAGAUACCAUUGCAAAACAAUAUAAAGCCGUUUUGCUAACAGGAGAGCAGGGGACUGCAAAAACGGUAAUGAUUAAGGCCUAUUUGAAAAAAUAUGACCCUGAAGUACAGUUAUCCAAAAGUCUGAACUUUUCAUCUGCCACAGAACCAAUCAUGUUUCAGAGAACCAUUGAAAGCUAUGUGGAUAAGCGAAUGGGAAACACGUAUGGGCCACCAGGAGGCAGAAAAAUGACUGUAUUUAUUGAUGAUAUUAAUAUGCCAGUGAUUAAUGAAUGGGGAGAUCAGGUAACCAAUGAGAUUGUGCGACAAAUGAUGGAAAUGGAAGGAAUGUAUAGCUUGGAUAAGCCUGGAGACUUCACCACUAUUGUCGACGUGCAGAUCAUAGCAGCAAUGAUCCAUCCUGGAGGUGGUCGAAAUGAUAUUCCACAACGUUUAAAACGACAGUUUACUGUGUUUAAUUGCACGUUACCUUCAAAUGCUUCAAUAGACAAAAUUUUUGGACUUAUUGGCUGCGGGUACUUUGAUCCUUGCAGAAAGUUCAAACCUGAAAUAUGUGAGAUGAUUGGAAAUUUAGUUUCAGCAGGCAGAGUGCUGUGGCAGUGGACUAAGGUGAAGAUGCUGCCAACUCCUUCUAAAUUUCAUUACAUUUUCAAUCUUCGAGAUCUUUCCAGAAUUUGGCAAGGAAUGUUAACCAUAAAAUCCGAGGAGUGCAAUUCGAUAUCUGUUCUCCUAUCACUUUUCAAACACGAGUGCAACAGAGUAAUUGCUGACAGAUUUAUAACUUCUGAAGAUGAGCAGUGGUUUAAUAUCCAACUUGUUCGUGCCCUUGAAGAAAAUAUUAGCCCAGAUGUGGCAUCUUAUAUGCUCCCCGAACCGUACUUUGUAGAUUUUCUCCGGGAGAUGCCUGAAAUAACCGGUGACGAACUGGAAGACACUGCAUUUGAAGUACCCAAAGUUUAUGAAUUGGUACCAUCCUUUGACUUUCUGUCUGAAAAACUCCAGUUCUACCAGAGACAGUUCAAUGAAAUCAUUAGAGGAACAUCUCUUGAUUUAGUGUUUUUUAAAGAUGCAAUGACUCAUCUUAUUAAGAUCUCACGAAUAAUUCGAACAUCAUGUGGAAAUGCAUUGCUGGUGGGUGUUGGUGGUUCGGGUAAACAAAGUCUUUCGAGACUGGCCUCUUUUAUAGCUGGAUAUAAAAUAUUCCAGAUUACAUUAACCAGGUCUUAUAAUGUGAGUAAUCUAACAGAUGACUUAAAAGGUCUGUACAAAGUUGCUGGCGGUGAAGGAAAAGGUAUCACCUUCAUCUUUACUGACAAUGAAAUAAAAGAUGAGGCAUUUCUGGAAUAUCUUAACAACCUACUAUCUUCAGGGGAGAUCUCCAAUCUGUUUGCACGAGAUGAGAUGGAUGAAAUCACCCAAGGUCUGAUAUCGGUGAUGAAAAAGGAGCUGCCUCGCCACCCUCCUACCUUUGAUAAUCUGUAUGAGUACUUCAUUUCAAGAUCGAGGAAGAACCUGCAUGUUGUUCUCUGCUUCUCCCCAGUUGGUGAGAAGUUCCGUGCCCGUUCUUUGAAAUUUCCUGGCUUGAUAUCAGGUUGCACCAUGGACUGGUUUAGUCGCUGGCCGAAGGAGGCUUUGAUUGCUGUGGCCUCCUAUUUCCUUUCAGGCUAUAAUAUCGUCUGCUCCAGUGACACUAAAAGACAAGUUGUAGAAACAAUGGGCCUGUUCCAUGACAGGGUUUCCGAGAGCUGUGAAAGUUAUUUCCAAAGAUACCGCCGAAGAGCUCACGUCACUCCCAAGUCUUAUCUCUCCUUUAUAAAUGGUUAUAAAAACAUUUAUACUGAAAAGGUGAAAUUUAUCAAGGAGCAAGCUGAACGUAUGAAUAUUGGUCUUGAUAAGCUUAUGGAAGCAAGCGAAUCUGUUGCUAAGCUCUCUCAGGAGCUUGCAGUAAAGGAGAAGGAGCUGGCAGUGGCUUCUGUAAAAGCAGAUGAAGUAUUGGCAGAAGUCACAGUAAGUGCUCAGGCUUCAGCCAAAGUAAAAAACGAAGUGCAGGAGGUAAAAGACAAAGCCCAAAAAAUUGUGGAUGAAAUUGAUAGUGAAAAAGUAAAAGCUGAGACCAAGCUGGAGGCGGCUAAACCGGCCCUGGAAGAAGCAGAGGCAGCCUUGAACACCAUCAAACCAAACGACAUCGCCACAGUCCGGAAACUUGCAAAGCCCCCACAUCUUAUUAUGAGAAUCAUGGACUGUGUUCUGCUACUAUUUCAAAAGAAAAUUGACCCUGUCACUAUGGAUCCAGAAAAACCUUGCUGCAAGCCAUCCUGGGGAGAGUCAUUAAAAUUGAUGAGCGCAACAGGGUUCCUGUGGAGCCUUCAGCAGUUUCCCAAGGAUACUAUAAAUGAAGAGACUGUUGAGUUACUGCAGCCAUAUUUUAACAUGGAUGAUUAUACUUUGGAAAAUGCCAAAAAAGUCUGUGGGAAUGUGGCUGGCCUGCUGUCCUGGACCCUUGCUAUGGCAACAUUUUAUGGUAUCAAUAGAGAGGUGUUGCCUCUGAAGGCUAACCUGGCCAAGCAGGAGGGCCGCCUAGCAGUCGCCAACACUGAGCUGGGGAAGGCACAGGCACUGCUGGAUGAGAAACAAGCCGAACUGGAUAAAGUACAAGCGAAAUUUGAUGCAGCGAUGAAUGAGAAAAUGCAAAUGGUUCCUAAAUAUCUGAUUGAAAGGACCAAGGUAGGAAAGAAAUCCAGUGCACAGAAGAAUGUCACCUACGAGUCUGUUAGGAAACAAGACAAAAUUGGGGAGUGGGGGCUGCAGGGAUUACCAGGAGAUGACCUCUCAAUUCAGAAUGGCAUCAUUGUGACAAAGGCCACCAGAUACCCACUCCUCAUAGACCCACAAACUCAAGGGAAAACUUGGAUUAAAUCAAAGGAAAAAGAAAAUGACUUGCAGGUAACAUCUCUGAACCAUAAAUAUUUCCGCACACACUUGGAGGACAGCCUUUCCUUGGGCCGACCCCUUCUCAUUGAGGAUAUUCGUGAGGAGCUGGAUCCAGCCUUGGAUAACGUAUUAGAAAAGAAUUUCAUUAAGUCAGGCACCACGUUCAAGGUGAAAGUCGGAGAUAAGGAGUGCGAUAUCAUGGAUACAUUUAAACUUUACAUCACUACAAAGUUACCAAACCCCGCCUUUACCCCUGAGAUCAAUGCUAAAACAUCAGUCAUUGACUUUACUGUAACCAUGAAAGGCCUUGAAAAUCAGUUACUAAGGAGAGUGAUUUUAACUGAGAAACAGGAAUUAGAGUCUGAGAGGGUUAAACUUUUGGAGGAUGUAACUUUCAACAAGCGGAAGAUGAAGGAGCUGGAAGACAAUCUCCUCUACAAAUUGAGUGCCACAAAAGGUUCCUUGGUAGAUGACGAAUCGCUCAUCGGUGUCCUCCAAACCACCAAGCAGACGGCAGCCGAAGUAAGCGAAAAGCUGCACGUGGCUGCAGAAACAGAGAUCAAAAUUAACACAGCUCAGGAGGAGUUCCGGCCAGCAGCCACUCGCGGGAGCAUCCUCUACUUUCUCAUCACAGAAAUGAGCAUGGUCAACAUCAUGUACCAGACCUCGCUGGCCCAGUUCUUGAAGUUAUUUGACCAGUCCAUGGCCAGAUCUGAGAAGUCUCCACUACCUCAGAAGAGGAUUACGAAUAUUAUUGAGUAUCUGACGUACGAAGUUUUUACAUACUCUGUCAGAGGCUUAUACGAAAACCACAAAUUCCUCUUUGUGCUCCUCAUGACCUUGAAGAUCGAUCUUCAGAGAGGAACAGUGAAGCACAGAGAGUUUCAGGCUCUCAUUAAAGGUGGAGCAGCUCUGGAUCUGAAAGCCUGCCCUCCCAAGCCGUUUCGCUGGAUCCUUGAUAUGACCUGGCUGAAUCUUGUGGAGCUGAGUAAACUUCCGCAGUUUUCAGAGAUUUUGAACCAGAUAUCUCGUAAUGAGAAGGGAUGGAAAACCUGGUUUGAUAAAGAUGCUCCGGAGGAAGAAGUCAUCCCUGAUGGAUAUAAUGAUUCACUGGACACCUGCCGCAAACUUUUACUUAUCAGGUCUUGGUGCCCAGACCGUACUGUUUUUCAAGCAAGAAAGUACAUUGCAGAUUCUUUGGAAGAGAAGUACACAGAACCAGUUAUCCUAAACCUGGAGAAAACUUGGGAAGAAAGUGAUACACGUACACCUUUGAUAUGUUUCCUGUCCAUGGGAUCUGAUCCCACAAUUCAAAUUGAUGCAUUGGCCAAGAAACUGAAGCUGGAAUGCAGAACUAUCUCAAUGGGGCAAGGACAAGAGGUGCAUGCUCGAAAGCUGAUUCAGGUGUCCAUGCAGCAGGGUGGCUGGGUUUUACUGCAAAAUUGUCACCUUGGCCUAGAAUUCAUGGAAGAAUUGCUGGAGACGUUAAUUACCACCGAAGCCUGUGAUGACUCCUUUCGAGUAUGGAUAACUACUGAGCCCCAUGAUCGAUUUCCAAUUACAUUGCUUCAGACUUCUCUCAAAUUCACUAAUGAGCCGCCCCAAGGCGUACGUGCAGGUUUGAAAAGAACAUUUGCUGGAAUUAAUCAAGACCUUCUGGAUAUCAGUAAUUUACCCAUGUGGAAGCCGAUGCUUUACACAGUUGCAUUUUUACACUCCACUGUGCAGGAGCGACGCAAAUUUGGUCCCUUAGGAUGGAAUAUUCCCUAUGAAUUCAAUUCUGCUGACUUUACAGCCAGUGUCCAGUUUAUUCAGAAUCACCUUGAUGAAUGUGAUAUUAAAAAGGGUGUAUCAUGGAGUACUGUUCGGUACAUGAUUGGAGAAGUACAGUAUGGAGGCAGAGUGACAGACGACUUUGAUAAACGUCUACUUAAUUGCUUUGCUAGAGUCUGGUUCAGCGAGAAGAUGUUCGAACCAUCGUUCCAGUUUUACGCCGGGUAUAAAAUCCCCUUGUGCAAAACCCUGGAUCAGUACUUCGAGUAUAUCCAGUCACUGCCAUCCCUCGAUAACCCCGAAGUCUUUGGGCUGCACCCUAAUGCUGAUAUCACGUAUCAGAGUAACACUGCUUCUGCUGUUCUUGAAACAAUUACCAACAUUCAACCCAAAGAGAGUGGAGGGGGAGUGGGAGAGACCCGGGAAGCCAUUGUUUAUAGAUUAUCUGAAGAUAUGCUGAGUAAACUGCCUCCUGAUUACAUUCCUCAUGAGGUGAAGGCUCGUUUGAUAAAGAUGGGACAUCUUAAUUCAAUGAACAUCUUCCUUAGACAAGAAAUUGACAGAAUGCAAAAAGUCAUCUCAAUACUCCGCAGUAGCUUGAGUGAUCUAAAAUUGGCCAUUGAAGGAACAAUCAUUAUGAGUGAGAAUUUGAGAGAUGCUCUGGACAACAUGUAUGAUGCUCGCAUACCUCAGAUCUGGAAAAGAGUGUCCUGGGAUUCAUCCACACUGGGCUUCUGGUUUACUGAACUUCUGGAAAGAAAUGCCCAGUUUUCUACUUGGAUAUUUGACGGGAGGCCCAAUGUAUUUUGGAUGACUGGUUUCUUCAAUCCCCAAGGCUUCCUCACAGCGAUGAGGCAGGAAGUGACCCGCGCCCACAAAGGCUGGGCCCUGGACUCUGUGACCAUCCACAAUGAAGUUCUGCGGCAGACCAAGGAGGAGAUCACGUCGCCCCCCGCGGAAGGGGUGUACAUUUAUGGGCUCUAUAUGGACGGAGCAGCCUGGGACAGACGGAACGGGAAGCUCACAGAAUCCACCCCCAAGGUGCUCUUCACGCAGCUGCCUGUGCUGCACAUCUUCGCCAUUAACUCCAUCUCCCCCAAGGACCCCAAGCUGUAUGUGUGUCCUAUUUACAAGAAACCGAGGCGUACUGACUUGACCUUCAUCACCGUGGUGUAUCUGCGAACAAUUUUGUCCCCAGACCACUGGAUCCUGAGAGGAGUGGCUCUAUUGUGUGACAUCAAGUAAAUUCAUUUCCACUUGCUGAGGGCACUGGCACCCCGCAGCCAGCCAGUGCUUGAGAGAGGCUGGGUGCCAUGUGUCUUUUCUCCCUGGUAAUUAAUUGCUUGUUACUCUUUUUAAAUUAAAAAUCUGAUAUUCUAUAAUCA